AGUUUGUGGAAGUCCCAUCACUAAGUGAGACCGUGGACAAAGUAAAAGAACGCAAUUAGCUUCGUAAAUUUUCUAAAGUGAAUUAAUACAAAAACAUACGUGUUAAAAAUGGGAAAGAAGAAUAAAAUCAAGCAAGAAGAAGAGAAGCCCAAACCUGCAGCUCCUGCACAACAACAACAACAACAACAGCAACAAGCAGCUGCAAGACAACAGGCGGGAGGCCAGCCAUCCACCAGCUCCGGAGCGUCUACCUCUGGUGGCCAACAGGGCGGCGGAGGAUGGCAGAAGCAGCGAUCCCAAGGCGGACAAGGAUGGGGCGGACAGCAGAAACAAUCGCAGGGACAGCAGGAUCAGCAGCGUGCGCCCCAAGGACAGCAGGGUGGUUUCCAGCAACGUCCUCAGGGCCAACAGGCUCAAGGUCAACAAGGCGGUUAUCAGCAACGUCCCCAGGGACAAGGACAACAAGGUGGUUACCAGCAGCGUCCUCAGGGACAAGGACAACAAGGUGGUUACCAGCAACGUCCUCAAGGAUCCCAAGCACAGCAGGCACAGGGUCAACAAGGUGGUUACCAGCAACGUCCCCAGGGACAAAGUCAACAAGGUGGUUACCAGCAACGAUCCCAGGGCCAACAGGCUCAAGGUCAACAAGGCGGCUAUCAGCAGCGUCCGCAAGGACAACAGCAAGGGGGCUACCAGCCGCGCCAGCAGGGCCAGCAGGGUCAAGGGGGCUACCAAUCCCGUGGAGCCCCGCAGCAGCAGCAGCAAGCUGUUGGACCAUUGCCGCCUCAGCCAGCGGGCAGUAUCAAGCGGGGAACCUUAGGCAAACCAGGCCAGGUAGCCGUUAACUAUCUGGACCUUGACUUGACCAAAAUGCCGACGAAGGCCUAUCACUACGAUGUGAAGAUAAUGCCCGAGCGGCCCAAGAAGUUCUACAGGCAGGCAUUCGAACAGUUUCGCGUUGAUCAAUUGGGCGGUGCCAUUGCCGCCUAUGAUGGCCGAGCUUCCUGCUACUCGGUGGAUAAGCUGCCACAGAAGACCCAAAACCCGGAAGUUACUGUGACAGAUCGUAAUGGCCGCACGUUGCGUUACACGGUGGAAAUUAAGGAGACUGGUGAUUCGGAAAUCGAUCUGAACUCUCUGAGGAGCUAUAUGACGGAGAGGAUCUUCGACAAGCCGAUGCGGGCGAUGCAGUGCAUGGAGGUCGUGCUGGCGGCUCCCUGCCACAACAAGGCCAUUCGGGCCGGUCGCUCCUUCUUCAAGAUGUCCGAGCCUGGCCAGCGUCGAGAACUGGACGAUGGCUACGAGGCCCUGGUCGGUCUGUAUCAGGCGUUCAUGCUGGGCGACCGCCCAUUCCUGAAUGUCGACAUAUCGCACAAGUCUUUCCCGAUUGCCAUGCCGGUCAUCGAGUAUCUGGAGCGCUAUGGCUUGAAGGCGAGAAUCAAUAAUAGCACCAAUCUCGAUCAGUCUCGCCGCUAUAUAGAGCCGUUCCUUAGGGGCAUCAAUGUGGUGUACAAGCCACCACAGGCUUUUGCCACCGCAGCGAGGGUCUACAAGGUGAAUGGACUUUCUCGGAGCCCGGCCAGCAGGGAGACUUUCGAGCACGAUGGCAAACAGAUCACCAUUGUGAACUAUUUCAAGAGUCGCAAUUACAACUUGCAGUUCCCCGAACUCCACUGCCUACACGUUGGACCACCGAUGAAGAACAUCCUAGUGCCCAUUGAGCUAUGCUCCAUCGAGGAAGGUCAGCCACUGAAUCGCAAGGAUGGAGCCACUCAGGUGGCCAAUAUGAUAAGGUUUGCAGCCACACCGACGAAUGAGCGAAAGAGCAAGAUUAUGCAUUUGCUGGAUUUCUUUAAACACAACUUGGAUCCGACCAUCAGUCGCUUUGGCAUCCGUAUCGCGAACGAUUUCAUUGUGGUGCAUACCCGCACCCUAAACCCACCGCAGGUGGAGUAUCAUGGCAACAAGUGGUGCGCGGUGAGGAACGGAUCGUGGCGCAUGGACAACAUGAGGUUCCUGGAGCCCAAGCCGAAGGCCCACAAGUGGGCGAUUUUGUACUUUGAUCCGCCGCAUGGUCGAAAGAUGCAUUUCAACCAGGUGGGCGACUUCGAGCGCCAAAUGUCCAACCAAAGCAGGACGGUGAGCGUGAGCCUGGAGGAAAGGGCGGAAAUUAGGGGCUUCAAGGACGAAAAAAACCUGGAUGACUGCUUUUCGGACCUCAAGAAAAUGCAAUGCGAUCUGGCGUUUGUGAUUAUUCCCCAGUUUGGGGCUUCCUACGACGUCAUCAAGCAGAAGGCCGAGCUGCAGCACGGCAUUUUGACGCAGUGCAUUAAACAGUUCACUGUAGAGCGAAAGCUCAACCCACAGACCAUUGGCAACAUAUUGCUUAAGGUUAACUCCAAGCUGAAUGGCAUCAACCAUAAGCUCAAGGACGGUCCCCAACAGUCGAUGCUUAAGAACGCCAUGUUCCUGGGCGCCGAUGUGACCCAUCCGUCGCCCGAUCAGCGCGAGAUCCCCAGUGUGGUGGGCGUGGCAGCCUCCCACGAUCCCUACGGCGCCGCCUACAACAUGCAAUAUCGCCUGCAGCGGUCGGCUCUGGAGGAGAUCGAGGACAUGAAGUCGAUAACGCUGGAGCACCUGCGUGUCUAUCAGCAGUACAGGAAGACCUAUCCGGAGCACAUUCUCUACUACCGCGACGGGGUGAGCGACGGACAGUUCCCAAAGAUCAAGAACGAGGAGCUGAGGGGCAUUAAUGCAGCCUGUGCCAAGGUGGGCAUCAAGCCCAAAAUUUGCUGCGUGAUUGUGGUGAAGCGUCACCACACUCGCUUCUUCCCGAGCGGCGAGCCAUCGCAGUACAACAAGUUCAACAACGUGGAUCCCGGAACCGUGGUCGAUCGCACCAUCGUGCAUCCCAACGAGAUGCAGUUCUUCAUGGUCAGCCACCAGUCCAUCCAGGGCACGGCCAAGCCGACGCGCUACAAUGUGAUUGAGAACACUGGCAACCUGGACAUCGACUUGCUGCAACAGUUGACCUACAACCUGUGCCACAUGUUCCCCCGUUGCAAUCGCUCCGUGUCGUAUCCGGCUCCGGCCUACUUGGCCCACUUGGUGGCAGCGCGCGGACGUGUUUACCUCACUGGCACCACUAGGUUCUUGGACUUGAAGAAGGAAUACGAAAAGCGCCAGAUUGUGCCCGCAUUCAUGAAGACAAACCCCAUGUACUUUGUAUAAGCAGGGAGAAAAACUCUUUAAAAACUCUUCUUAUUUUCAUCGAUUUUAUUUUUAUCACAUUUCUUAAACCAUAUACAUAUAUAUAUAUAUAUCAGAUAUUAAGGACGCACCAUGUUGAUUGCACUAAGAGUUCGAUUUUGAAGCGUCACCUUGAUUUCCCCCUCAAUUAUUGUUCUACUUGAAUUUAUUUUGCAAAUCUUUUUGGGGCAUUUGAAGGCGUCAAUGAGAUGCGAGAACUCCUAAUGGAAUCGACAGGUUGCAGUCCCUAUAGUUUGGGCGUAUUAAUCAACGUUAAAUAAUCAUAAAACAUUAAACUCAACUUGACUUGGUUGAAACAGAAAAGAA